AUGCCUGCCGGAGAGGAAAUAUCGGCCAGUGAGGAGGAGGUUUACGAUCGCCAACUACGACUGUGGGGACGGAAUGCUCAGAGUCGGUUGAAGUCCAGCACGGUGUUAAUAUUUGGUCUUUCUGCCAUCAACGUUGAAGUCGCAAAAAAUAUUCUCCUGGCGGGCGCCAAUAUUACACUUGUUGACGACCGUGUUGUUACUGAAGAAGUUCGGGCGUGGAAUUUCCUCAUCCCGAAAG